GCGGGGCCGCCCUUCAGGGCGCGCAAGGGGCGAGUCUGCCCAGCCGGCAGCGCCCCAGGCCGGAUGGACGCUUGUUCCUGGUUCUGUGCCCCGUGAGCGCUCAACGCCCUGGUGUGUUCACUGACCAUGGUGCCUGGGCUGCGGCGCCGGGCGGGGCACGGCGGGACUUUUCGGGACCUUUCCUGGGGGGAGCCUCGCUUUCCCCGCCUCCAGCCUCCGCCCGGAGGGCCGGGAGGGCAGGCGGGCGGGGCCCCAGUCCAGGCCUUGAGACCCAGAAGGGAGCGAAGGUUUUUGCUGCGCCAACGCAGUGACCGAAGGCUCCGCUCACGCCUGGUAGAGGCGGGUUUCACCAUGUUGCUCAGCUGGUCUCGAACUCCUGGCCUCAAAUGAUCCGCACACUUCGGCCUCCCAAAGUGCUGGGAUUACACGAGUGAGCCACCGCGCUGGACCAGAACAAUGCUUUUUUAAAGACGGAGUGUCGCUCUGUCACCAGGCUGGAGUGCAGUGGCGCGAUCUCGGUUCAAUGCAACCUCCGCCUGCUGGGUUCAAGUGAUUGUCCUGCCUCAGCCUCCCUAGUAGAUGGGACUACAGACACCCUGUGUGGUCCCUAGGAUCCUGCCUGAAGUUGUUAAAGCCAUAUUCAGCUUCAUGAUUUUGACUGUUAGGAAAAGAAAAACUUGGCCUCUUCAGCAAGUGAUCUAGGUUAGCUGUUGUGCCAUGUACACAGUAACCCAUGAUGUCUCCAUAGGAAAAUGAUGUGUUUUAACAACCACCAUGUUUGGAGUAUAGAUUGUGGGAGCUCUUCAAGACAGUGCUGGGUCUACCUGAUCCUGCCUGAAGAUGGUGCCACUGGUGGCUGUGGUAUCAGGGCCCCGAGCCCAGCUCUUUGCCUGCCUGCUCAGGCUGGGCACUCAGCAGGUCGGCCCCCUUCAGCUGCACACCGGGGCCAGCCAUGCGGCCAGGAACCAUUAUGAGGUGCUGGUGCUGGGUGGGGGCAGUGGCGGAAUCACCAUGGCUGCCCGCAUGAAGAGGAAAGUGGGUGCAGAGAAUGUGGCCAUUGUUGAGCCCAGUGAGAGACAUUUCUACCAGCCAAUCUGGACACUGGUGGGUGCUGGUGCCAAACAAUUGUCCUCAUCUGGUCGUCCCACGGCAAGUGUGAUUCCAUCUGGUGUAGAAUGGAUCAAAGCUAGAGUGACUGAGUUGAACCCAGACAAGAACUGCAUUCACACAGACGACGACGAGAAGAUCUCCUACCGAUAUCUUAUUAUUGCUCUCGGAAUCCAGCUGGACUAUGAGAAGAUUAAAGGCCUACCUGAAGGUUUCGCUCAUCCCAAAAUAGGGUCGAAUUAUUCAGUUAAGACUGUAGAGAAGACAUGGAAAGCUCUGCAGGACUUCAAAGAGGGCAAUGCCAUCUUCACCUUCCCAAAUACUCCAGUGAAGUGUGCUGGAGCCCCUCAGAAGAUCAUGUACUUAUCAGAAGCCUACUUCAGGAAGACAGGGAAGCGAUCCAAGGCCAAUAUCAUUUUCAACACUUCUCUUGGAGCCAUUUUCGGGGUUAAGAAGUAUGCAGAUGCCCUGCAGGAGAUCAUCCAGGAGCGGAACCUCACUGUUAACUACAAGAAAAACCUCAUUGAAGUCCGAGCCGAUAAACAAGAGGCUGUAUUUGAGAACCUGGACAAACCAGGAGAGACCCAAGUGAUUUCAUAUGAAAUGCUUCAUAUCACACCACCAAUGAGCCCACCAGAUGUCCUCAAGACCAGUCCUGUGGCUGAUGCUGCUGGUUGGGUGGAUGUGGAUAAAGAAACUCUGCAACACAAGAGGUACCCAAAUGUGUUUGGGAUUGGGGACUGCACCAACCUUCCUACGUCAAAGACCGCUGCUGCAGUAGCUGCCCAGUCAGGAAUACUUGAUAGAACAAUUUCUGUGAUUAUGAAGAAUCAAACACCAACAAAGAAGUAUGAUGGCUACACAUCAUGUCCACUGGUGACCGGCUACAACCGUGUGAUUCUUGCUGAGUUUGACUACAAAGCAGAGCCGCUAGAAACCUUCCCCUUUGAUCAAAGCAAAGAGCGCCUUUCCAUGUAUGUCAUGAAAGCUGACCUGAUGCCUUUCCUGUAUUGGAAUAUGAUGCUAAGGGGUUACUGGGGAGGACCAGCGUUUCUGCGCAAGUUGUUUCAUCUAGGUAUGAGUUAAGGAUGGCUCAGCACUUGCUCAUCUUGGAUGGCUUCUGGGCCAAAACUGCAGUCACUGAAUGACCAAGAGCAGCACGAAGGACUUGGAACCUAUCCUUGUAAAGAGUUCCUUGAUGGGUAAUGGUGACCAAAUGCCUCCCUUUUCAGUACCUUUGAACAGCAACCAUGUGGGCUACUCAUGAUGGGCUUGAUUCUUUGGGAAUAAUAAAAUGAAAUAAUACUUUUAUUUUCUGAAUAAAAGUUUGUCACUGA